AUGAGGCGAUUGUUCAAUGAGAGUUACGCCAACAUAGCUUCAGACAUCAAGGUGAGGUCAGAGGCUACAGACGAUACGCCGGUGAGGCGCCUAGCCCCUGCGGAACGUGCCAGCAGGUUGAAAGACCAACAGCAGAGACUUGGAGGUCUGAGCAUCACUGGACAGUACGAGCCUGGAGACACCUUAGUGGACAAAUGCAUCAGCAUUUAUGACAGUGACAGGUUACAGUAUGUGGAAUGGUCUGCAUCGGUGUCACGUGAACAUGAGCUUUUGUCAGGGACGAAGAAGGAUGCCUCACUUACUUUUGACUCAUCGGGUUCACUCAAGUUGUCAAAGCUUCAAAAGACAGAACCUUGUUCGACAGGAACCGAGAUACAGGUGCGCUAUUGCUUGGUUAGGCGCGCUUUGGCCUUCGACCAGGCGAACCUGAUUGAGUUCAAGUUGUUGGAGGCUUGGAGUGAAAAAUUGAUGCAGAGCAGAUUAGAAGACCCGGCACCAGGCUAUGCCAGGACAACCAUGAAACAACUUGAGCUUGCUGACAGGAAAUUGUUUUGCGUGCUUGCUGAGAAAACCAGGGAAGGUAUCAAAACCACCAUCAAAGGCAGACCUCUUGACCUGGUGUUCAAGGAAUGUUCAGAAAGCUCAGAAGUCCUUGCGUUGUUGCAGCCCAGACAGGGUACAGUCUCGGCGGAAAAGGUGAAGGAGGUGCGUGGCAACUCAGCAGAACCACCCACCAAACGAAUCAAACGAGAGACUGGAAAGAAGGGCAAGGGCAAAGGUAACAGCAGUGCUUUUGUGCGUAUUCCACACGAUCUACUGAAGCUGAACUGUGUUGGCGAGCCAGCAGAGGUCAUGCAUGAUGACACAACGAAUUCUUUUUCAGAUACACCUGCACAGGAGAAUUUUUCAGAUGUUGAGAAAAUUUGCCACACGGGUACAGAGGCUGACAGACCAUAUGUCUUCUUGGAAUUAUGCGCUGGAAGUGCAACCUUGUCUGCAGAGGUUAAGCGUUUGGGAGUCGAGGUGCUGGCCUUUGACCACGAGUCCAACCGACAUCAAUCAAAGUGCAAGGUCCUUUGUUUGGAUCUUAGUUUGCCGCAUGCUUUCGAACGCAUUGUUGAGCUGGUGACUAAAUGCAAUGUGUUGGGCGUUCACAUGGGGCCGCCCUGCGGCACGUGCAGCAAAGCCAGAGGGAUACCUAUGCCGGAUGGAUCGGCGGGACCCCAACCGCUUAGAGAUGACAAUUAUUUGCUGGGUCUUCCAAAUCUGGGAUUUCGAGACAAACAAAGGGUAACUGCUGCAAAUAAUUUAUAUGAGAAGCUUGGUUUGCUGGUGGAGACGCUGGAGAAGAAGCUGACUUCCUUCCUUUCGAAUCGAGAUGAAUUUGGAGCAUUGUCGAGGUUCUGCCAAGACGUGGCGCCACAUGAACAUGAAAGCUGGGGCUAUGACCAUGUCAACAAAUGUUUCAACACUGCAAAAGAAUCGAUGCUGAACCUGACCUUCGGAUGUUACGAGAAGGUUGAAUUGAAAGCGAUGGAACACGUGCUGUGGAUGUUGGUUACCUUGGCCAGAUACAUGAGACACUUUGGUGAGAUCAAGUUUGUGCUUUGCGAUGGGACCCUUUUGGAAGGGCACGUGCAUCCUGCGUGGAACAAGGUUGCUUUUGGAAUGGAGGCCACGUGUGUGGACAUGAAAUCUGCCUACAAGCAGUUACCACUGAAUCCAUGCGAAUAUCACCGCACCGUGGUCAGCCUGUGGGAUGUCAAUAACAGAAAGGCAGCUUGCUUUCUAAUGCGCACCCUUCCAUUCGGUGCCACGGCAAGUGUGCAUCACUUUUUACGAGUCAGCAGUUUCAUACAUGCUGUAGGACUUCAUGCUGGUUUGUGCUGGGGAGCGUAUUUUGACGACUUCCCAACCCUGUGCAACGUAGCCAACAGGCGCAGCACCCAGUCCACCGCAUUGGGUAUUUUCGAGUUGCUGGGCUUCAAGUACAAUGACGAAAAACUGGACCCCUUUGACAAAGUGGCAUCAAUGUUGGGGGUGGAGCUUGACCUUCGAGAGAUAGACAAUGGCUUGAUCAAGGUUCAGAACAAACCUGCGAGAGUCACAGAAGUGUCGGAGUGCUUGAAUAGGAUUUUAGACAGUGGGGUUAUUGAAGCUGACUCACUGCCUUCCUAUCUGGGGAAGCUACAAUUUGCAGAAGCUCAGCUGUGGGGUCGUGCGGGUAGAAUCGCUCUUGCAGACCUGAGAGAAGCUACGCUACAUAAAACCGGAGCCUUCGCAGUCACAGAAGAAGCAAAGGAAGCCAUUGAAGUUUUGUUGGAAAGAUUCACAACUGGACGACCGAGAGAAUUGAAAGCCUCGGUGGGCACGGAUUUGAAUCGGCCCCUUUUUCUCAGGCCUAUGCCACGGGAUCGAGGCUUGCAGCUCUUGCGCUACUGGUUGUGCAAGUGUCACGAAGCUCACGGUGUGGUUGAACCCAAGUCAGAUGUGCAGGAUUCAGUGCCAGCACCACCUCCCGAGUCAGUGGAGCCAGAUGCCCCUCAGGAUGAUGAUGGGUCAGAGGCAUCGGAAGCUUCAGCGGUGAGUGAAGUCAUGGAUGAGCCAUCCGCACUUGCUCCUGAGGAGUUGAUUUUUCUGGUGAACCCAGUCACGAAGGUUGCCCAUUUGGCUAUACAAUGCUCCAGUUCGGAUCGAGCCAUGUGUUAUGAGGAUUCCAAUUUACAGCCAUAUCGUACUGGCUGUGGUGCCCGUCCCAAUGCGAUAUCCGGUGAUUUGCAAUUCACCCAUUGCUUGCCUGAAGGUUCAACUUUUGACUACUGGGUGAAGCUGCCAUGGAUUGGAUGGAGUAUCAAUGUCAAGCGUUGGGUGGUAUCUAUCACCCCGGACAAGCGUGCCAAGAUCCUGGACCAGAUUGAUUCCUUACUGAGAUCAUCUCGCUGUGAUCUGAAGACUUUGGAGUCCCUCACCGGGCGAUUGCUUUGGGUCUCAUCCCUCUGGGAAACCUUGCGACCGUUAUUGGGCCCAUUGUACCAGGCCAUGAUGACUGUGCCUUUAACUUUGGUUUCAAUUUCACCUGAGCAGUGGCCUCUUCUUCUUGAUGCCUUGCAGGAUGACCUCACACUCUCCAAAAGUUUGCAUCACCCGUCCUUGCGUAAGAAUGUGAAGGUGGUGCGUGCAGCGAGUUUCACACUCCGUGACCUUGGCCAUGCCAGAUCGUUGCACUUCAAAUCGAGACGUAUUUGGUUAGGUAUCAAUAUACCGGGUUCCAGCAAGCGAAAACUUUUGCAAGAAACCCAUGAAUCCCUUCAAGCCUGGAAGGAUGUUCUUGUUGGCACACUUUUUUUGCACAACAUGAUCCCACCGACAUACCUUCCUCUCCAAGCAUCUGCAGAUGCAUGCGCUACUCAAGGAGAGGCUGGCUUAGGUGGCAUCCUUAGACUGAAUGGGGAAGUUGCUGCUUGGUUUGCCUUCACGAUUUCACAUGCUGAAGCGAAAGACGUUUUUCCUUGGAUCUCUGACUCCAUGCAGAAGCACAUAAAUGUUUGGGAAUUACUGGGCCAAUUUGCUUUGGCGUUUUGUUUGGAUCGUGCGUUGAAGGGUCGUUGUACCCCCAUAUCUGUCACGUUUGCCUGUGACAACACAUCGGCAGAAGCUGCUCACCUGAAAGCCUUAUCUACGGCUUCGGGCAUGUGCCAUGUUUUAGCAGCUUUCUUCAGAUUUCAACGCAUUCACAACCUGGACGUUUCGAUCCAACAUAUUCCUGGCAUGUGGAACGAUGAAGCAGAUGCCCUGAGUCGUGGUAAGCACCUACCACAUUGCACUCCAGAACUCCAGGUUGAUGUCCCAUGGACCUGGCUGUGCUCAUCUCUUCCAGAACAUUCACCAUCAAACGCCAAAUUUCCGCACACUUUGUUGACCCGCUGA